CAAUAUAAAUUCUAAUCCUCUCAUUCUUUCUUUUUCAAUUCCAUAUCAAAUUUAUUCCAGCUUUCUUCUUCUUUUGUUGAGCAGAAGCUAGCAGUCUUCGUGCUCAAAUGGCUCAAGCCUCAGAGAUGAACAAUAGCGUGUUGAAUUCGACAACUCCUAGUGUAGAGCUAGAGUGUUUCUCCCCUUAUAUGAUCAUCACCAAUGGAAUAUGGCUUGACGACGAUCCUCUAAGAUACUCUCUCCCUCUUUUCCUUAUCCAACUCCUUAUAAUAACGCUGACCAGUCGCACUCUUAAUGCUAUCUUGAAACCCUUUGGCCAGCCUAUGGUCCUCGCUGAGAUCCUAGCAGGGAUGCUGCUGGGACCAUCUUUUGUGGGAAAAUUCUUUCAAGGAUUUCAGGCUCAUUUCUUUCCACCAAGAAGCAUCAGCAUACUGUCGUCGAUGGGUAACUGUGGCCUACUUUGCUUUGUGUUCAUGGUUGGAGUUGAGAUGGACAUAAAUGUGCUAAGGCAAAUGAAGAAGAAAGUAAUGGCUAUCGGAGCGAUUAGCAUUGUGCUUCCUUUUGCGAUCACCUUGACUGCUGCCUACCUCUUUCGCGGCUAUUUCCUUGAAGAAAAAAAGAACAAUGCCUUUUAUGUCUAUCUCGCUCUGGCUCUAUCAAUCACUACAUUUCCUGUGCUCGCUCGAGUCCUUAGAGAUCUCAAGCUUCUGAACACAGAGGUCGGUCGAGUUUCCAUAUUGUCCUCUGUCGUCAACGAUCUGUUCUCUUGGGUGUUGCUUGCCCUUGUCGCUGUACUCUCAGGAACUAUGAGAGCCGAUAAAGGGAUGGACGGCCUACCAUUCCUCUACAUCUUGCUGUCGAGCCUGGGCUUCUUUAUCAUCUGCGUUGUCUUGGUGCGACCGGUAUUAAAAUGGCUCGUGGACAGGACGCCGGAAGGAGAGCCUAUGAGCGAUAUAGACCUGGGCGUGGUCAUCAUGGGGGUGAUGGUAUCUGCAUACGUAACUGAUUUCAUCGGCGUUCAUGGUGUUUUUGGGGCGUUCAUUUAUGGACUGAUGUUUCCAUAUGGAACCCAUGGUACUGCACUGGUUGAGAGAUUGGAGACUUUUGUUACAGGAUUAAUCCUGCCAAUAUACUUUAGUGCUAGCGGGUUCAGGACUGAUUUAUCAACGAUGGAGCACUCUGAUAUUAUUGCCAUCCUCAUCUUCAUCUUCAUCCUCUCGAGCUUCGCAAAAGUGGUUACCACGACACUGGCAUCUUCAUACUUUGGUAUGCCCCUGUCCGAAGGUCUCUCCCUCGGUUUCCUCAUGAACUCCCCUGGCCUUUCCGAAAUAAUCCUCCUCAACGUCGCAAGGGAUAAAGAUAUCAUCGCCCAAGAGACGUUUGCAAUUGUCGUGGUGAUGUCCGUCCUGAUGACAGCAUUGAUGAUGCCGUUGGUGUCAGCAUCAUAUAAGCCAUUGAAGAACAUCAUCGAGUACAAAGAGCGAUCUCUUAUGAGCGUGAAGCCCAAUGAAGAGCUCCGAAUGAUCGCCUGUGCCCACUCCAACAACAACGCCGCUUCUCUGAUCGGCCUCCUCGACAUGUCUAACCCUACGAAGAGAUCUCCGAUAUCUGUUGCCUCUCUCCACCUCAUUGAGCUCACGGGCAGAGAGUCUGCCGUGCUUAUUUCCCACAACACUGACUCUAACUCCUCCAUGGCCGGUGGCUUUAACAUGAAAAACAAUGAGGCUCAAGCGAAAGACGUUUUCACUACCUUCGAGACCUACGAGCAGCAUGCAGGCGGCAUCUCCAUUCAAGCCCACACGGCCAUCUCUCCGUACUCUUUGAUGCAUGAUAACAUCUGCACCCUUGCGGAAGAAAAGCAUUCCUCCAUCAUUAUCUUGCCUUUCGACAAGCUCCAGACAGUCGAUGAUGCAGCCAAUCUCUCCAUCCGAAGUGUAAAUCAGAACGUCCUCGACUACGCGCCAUGCUCCGUUGCUAUCCUCGUCGACCGUGGCUUGACCGCCGAGAAGGUUGUUGGAAAAGCCAGUCUCUUCACCAAACGACAUGUUGUCCUUCUGUUUUUCGGUGGCCCUGACGACCGCGAGGCGCUUUCCUAUGCGUGGAGGAUGGCGGAGCACCCUGCUGUCACCCUCACCGUGAUGAGGUUUGUCCCUGGUGAACAAGUUGCUGGAGAAGCAACAAGUAUCUCACCAUCACUGUUUUCAUAUGGUGAUACGAAUGAACUAUUACUACAUUCAAGCAUCAUCGACAUAGGUAAUUCGGAGGUCGAUAAAAAUCAGAUUUCUGAUGAAGAGUAUGUAAGUGAGUUCUGGGUGAAAAACAUGGGUAAUGAAUCUAUCGAGUAUGUGGAGAUGGUAGUGAAUAGUAGCGAGGAGACUGUGGCGAUAAUCAGGUCGAUUGAUUGUAGAUGUGAUUUGUACAUCGUGGGGAGGUCACAGGGGGCAUCCCCAUUGACUGCAGGACUGACAGAGUGGAUGGAGCGUCCGGAGCUUGGGCCGAUAGGAGACUUGCUUGCAUCGACGGAUGUCGGUGAGGGGAUGUCGGUGUUGGUGGUGCAACAAUAUAAUGAGAAAUUCACAUGA